AUGACUGAAGAGCCCGUGCGGAAAGACAGCGAGAUCCGACGCUCCAACUCCAGCAUGGGCUGCGGACACAAGGACGACAAAGCCAGCCUGGCUUCGAGCCAGAUAGCACCUUAUAGCCACCAACCCUCCACUCCAGCCUCCAAGGAAGUGUGGAAAAAGGGCGGCCGCGUGUUCUCCAUCCUGCUGGCCAUGCACUUAGCCCUUCUGGCCUGCACGCUGGUGAGCAGCGGGGCUUUUGAGAAAAUUGCUGUGCAUGAUUACGAUGUCUUCUUCCUGCUGACUGUCAUGAUGCUGAUAGUCAUCAUCUGGAUCAUCUUCUACCUCGUCAGCACCGCCCGGUGCCCAGAUGCCAUCCUCUGCAAAGACUCCCAUGCUGGACCCAUCUGGCUGAGAGGAGGCCUGAUCCUGUUUGCCAUUUUCAGCCUUGUCAUGGAUGUGUUCAAAAUAGGAUAUUACUCCAGCUUCUACAGCUGCCUGUCUGCGAUCAAAAUCAUCUACCCCAUUGUGCAAGCAAUAUUCGUGGUUGUCCAGACAUACUUCCUGUGGAUCUCUGCCAAAGACUGCGUCCAUGUCCACCUGAAUGUUACCAGGUGCGGCUUGAUGUUAACUCUGACUACAAACUUAGCAGUGUGGAUGUCUGCAGUGACAGACGAGUCCGUUCACAAAGCACACUCAAAGUUGAAGAAAAAUGUGACAGAUGACCUCCUCAGAUGGCUCCUGAAAGUGGGAAUGAGAAGUAGCUCAGCUGAAGUUUGCAAUUGCAACAGCCAAAUCUGCCAGAUUUUCAAGAAUGGCUACUUCUGGCUGUACCCCUUUAACAUUGAGUACAGCCUGUUUGCCUCCGCCAUGGUUUACGUCAUGUGGAAGAAUGUCGGCCGCUUUAUAGACCACCACUCCCACCACAUUCACCGCCUGAAGUUCAGGCUCUUCCAAAGGACCUUCUUUGUAGGCAUCGUGUUGGGCCUCAUCAUUCUGGUGAGCGGCCUGGGAGUCCUUAUCGUUUACGAGGUGCAGGUAAACUCCAGCACUGAAUCCAGCAAGAAGAGCCAAGCACUCACCAUGUACUACAUCUUCAACAUCGUGUGUCUGGGCCUGAUGUCUCUCGUCUGCAUCGGAGGCUCUGUCAUCUACCGCUUUGACAAGAGAGACAUGGACCGGCACAAGAACCCGACCAGGACCCUGGACGUGGCCCUGCUGAUGGGCGCAGCCCUGGGGCAGUAUGCUAUUUCUUACUACUCCAUCGUGGCCAUCGUGGCCAGCACACCAAGGGACUCCAUCAGUGCACUCAACCUGACCUACGCCCUUCUGAUGAUUGCUCAGCACACCUUCCAGAACAUCUUCAUCGUCGAAGGCCUUCAUCGGCAACCCCCCAAGGAAGACCACAAGCACGGUUCUCGCCAGAAGGACCUCUGCGGUCUCACCUUUGUCAAUGUCAGUGCGGUGUCCCUCCGCGUGCCUGACGGCGGCAGCACCUUGGCACCUAGCACUGCCCCUGGCGCUGAGGCCAGCCUUCCUUCCGAUCUUGUGCGGUCCCUCACAGCCCCCAAGAAGAUGAACUGGAGGAGGAGGUGCUUAAGGGAGGUCUCCAUGUUCCUCCUGCUGAGCAAUAUCGUACUCUGGAUCAUGCCAGCGUUUGGUGCCCGGCCCCACUUCGACAAUGAUACAGAACUGAACUUCUAUGGCGAUUCCAUGUGGCCGGCUAUUGUGGACAUUUGCCUGCCUUUUGGGAUCUUCUACCGAAUGCAUGCAGUGGCCAGUUUGCUGGAGGUCUAUAUCAUGUCCUAA